AUGCCAACCGCGCACCCCCCACCAUUCAGCACAAUCCUCUCCUCCACACCGCAACCCUCACCAACAGACCUAACACCAAUCUACCAAGGCGCCGAAGCCCACCUAUACAGAACGACCUUCCUAUCAUCGACCACCCCCGCGGCCCUCAAAAUCCGCCCCUCAAAGCCGUACCGCCAUCCCAUCCUCGACCGCCGCCUCACCCGCGCCCGCAUCCUCCAGGAAGCGCGUUGUCUGCAGAAACUCGUUAAGGAGGGUGUUUCGGUGCCCGCGCUGCUGGGCGUCGACUGGGAGCCGAAUGCGGAUAAUGGGAGCUCGUGGCUUGUUAUGGAGUGGGUUGAGGGCGGGCCUGUGCGCGUGCAGCUUGAGAGGUGGGAGCGGUAUUUGAAGGGGGUUGAGAGGGAGAGGGGGCUUGCUAUGGGGGAGGGGAUUGAGAAGAGUGAGGAGGAGAAGGUGCGUGGGUUGAUGAGGAGGAUUGGGGGUGCUGUUGGUGGGUUGCAUAGGGCGGGCGUUAUUCAUGGGGAUUUGACGACGAGUAAUCUUAUGCUGAGACCGAAAUCUGCGGAGGCAGCAGUUGAUGAGGAGGGAGAGGGGUCGCCGUCUAUGGAGGGGGAUAUUGUGAUGAUUGAUUUUGGGCUGGCGAUGCAGAGCGCGCAGGAUGAGGAUCGGGCUGUUGAUUUGUAUGUCCUUGAGCGGGCGUUCGGGAGCUCGCAUCCUCGGACGGAAAGGUUCUUUGAGGAGGUUCUUGUCGGGUAUAAGGAGAGUUAUAAGGGAUCUGUAUCGGCGCUGAAGCGGUUGGAGGAUGUACGGAUGAGAGGGAGGAAGAGGAGUAUGAUUGGGUAG